AGCCGAUCGAGUGCUCAGACAAGGAUCCAGAGCAACGGCAGCAGCCUCUGUGACCAGCAGUGGCUGAAGCAGAGGCACCAGCAGUGGCUCUUGCCUGAGCGUGUGGGCUUUUCUUUUCCUUUUUUUCUUUCCUGAGUUGAUAUCUGCUCAGAAGACAGAAAAGCCGGGAGAGCGAGGGCAAGCGGAGCGGCGGUUGAUAACGGUUGUCACAGCACCCCCGAGCGCAGACCUGGCUGCCCACAUGCCGAUCGAAUUUGUGUGCAAAAUCAAAUUCACAGAGGAGGAUGAGAAGCAGAAGGGCAAACAGGAGGGGGACAGGGAGAGCCUGAUCGAGGAGAGCUGUGCACCCCCAGCCAAGGACCUGGUCGGCUUCGCCAACUCCUGUUCCCUGCACGGGAUUAACCAUAUCUUUGUGUCUGGCCGUCUAGGCAUCCGCCAGACUCUUUGGGCACUGGCCUUCCUGGUGUCCCUGGUCUUUUUCCUGUACCAGUCAGCCAAGUGUGCCAUCUCGUACCUGGAGCAUCCACAUGUCACAUCACUGAACGAGGAAACCAGUCGCGACAUGGUCUUCCCAGCCGUCACCAUCUGCAACAUCAACCGCUUCCGCUUCUCCGCGCUCACCGAUGCUGACAUCUACCACCUGGCCGGCUUGACCGGUCUGCCACCCAAGAACAAGGAUGGACACAAGCCCAGCGAUCUGGAGUACCCUGCCCCUGACAUGCAGGACAUCUUCAACAGGACGGGACACCAACUGGAGGAGAUGCUGAAGAGCUGCAACUUCAGUGGGCAGAACUGCUCUGUGGAGGAUUUCACAGUGGUUUACACAAGGUAUGGGAAGUGCUACACCUUCAAUGGCAACAGGACGACAUCCAAGAGAACGAAGCAGGGAGGAAUGGGCAACGGCUUGGAAAUCAUGCUAGACAUUCAGCAAGAUGAAUAUUUGCCAAUAUGGAAAGAGACAAACGAGACAUCAUUAGAAGCAGGAAUCCGAGUGCAGAUCCACAGUCAGGAUGAGCCUCCAUACAUCCACCAGCUGGGAUUCGGGGUCUCCCCAGGAUUUCAAACAUUUGUUUCAUGCCAGGAACAAAGGCUCACAUACCUUCCCCAGCCCUGGGGGAACUGCCGGCCCACAGAGGAGAAGAUUCUCGGCUACGACACAUACAGUGUCAGCGCAUGCCGUCUGAGUUGUGAAACUAAGGAGGUUCAGCGCCAGUGCCAGUGCCGGAUGGUCCACAUGCCAGGAAAUUCUGAUAUCUGUCCCCCCAGCAAAAUCAAGUGCGUAGACAAAGCACUAGCGGCACUGCAGAAACGUUCAGCAGAGACCUGCCCUUGUGAGACCCCCUGUAACUUGACUCGCUAUGGCAAGGAGCUCUCCAUGGUGAAGAUCCCCAGCAAAGGCUCAGCGCGCUACCUCUCUCGCAAAUAUGCCAAGUCAGAGGACUACAUCAGAGAAAACUUUCUUGUUUUGGAUAUUUUCUUUGAGGCCCUGAACUAUGAAACUAUAGAACAAAAGAAAGCUUAUGAUGUGGCAGGAUUAUUAGGUGACAUUGGUGGUCAGAUGGGGUUGUUCAUCGGGGCCAGCAUUCUAACAAUCUUAGAAGUUCUCGACUAUAUCUACGAGGUAAUGAAGGACAGGCUGCAGCGUCUGUUGAAACCACAGAAGAAAGAGCAGAAGAACAAACAGAUGGGUAGCGUGGCCACGGUGCGGUUGGACGAAAUGAAAUCCAAGGAAUCCAGUGAUAUCACGAGGAGCCACUCUGAAGGAGCAACAUAUGCAACCACAAUGCUCCCAAACCACCACCAUCACGCACAUCACAGCGUCUUCGAGGACUUUGCAUGCUAGAAGCAUGCGCUUCCACCCCAGCAACAACAGAACGUGGCCUCUUCCUGCGCUGAGUUCAGGCGUGAGCACAGACCCUAGGCUCUCAGCUCUACCUUUAUCGCUGUCACCAGUGAAAGCUACAGCCAAAGUCGAACACCAAACCUGCGCGGCCAGCAGACUCCAUGUCCCGGUAUGCAGAGUAGACAUAACAGCGCUGUCCUGCUGGAAACACGAACCAACUCUACACUUGCUCCUUUUCUUUCCUUUUCGCCUUUUCUCUAAGAAGCUCUCCUCUUCCAUCCUAUGAUUUCUCUACCAACCAUUUUUCUAUACGGUCACUUAGAAGAAACCACGUAGGGACGGCUUGUCAUCUAGUCUCAGUUUGUAGUUACGGAGUGAAAUACCACGUUUGUCACAUUUAGAGCAUUGUAUGCGUCCAAAUCAAAGUCUAGCAAUGCAUAUUUCCACGAUGCAAAAUGGUCCUUGUUUCUGUAAAAAACAGUACGAAUAAGGACAAGACAAACAGGAUCCAUGUAUCACUUGGUACCUCACUGGAGAUGUCACGGCUGUAAAUCUAAGUGUCCACACAUGGCAGUGAAUUCCCAUUCACAGGCACAAAUGAUUUU